CUCCAGCUUAUUACCUGAGCAAGCAUCGGGAGCCACCAAUUAUCGCAGCCACAGAUAUAUUUUCUUCUUCUCUUCCCGGCGUUCGUUGCCUCCAAGCAACCACCACUGAUCCAAAUCCGAGAGCUUUUUUCUUGUCUUCUUCCCCGCGGCGCGUGAGGUCUCCACGCAUCCCCCUCUCGGCUCUCGCCGGAUUCUUUCACGCCUCGCCCACUACCAAUUCCGUCCCUUUUCAGAGGCCCUGGAAUCCUGGUCCGUACAUACAAGAGGCGGAGGAAGAGGAGGAGAAUUUGAGCAUUCAUGGCGGCGGCGGCAGCAGCAGCGCCGGUGGCCGGCGGGAACGCGCGGCUGGGCCGGCCGCGGGCGCCUCGGGUGGGGCUGCGAGUUUGUGCGGCGGCGGGGGAAGGCCCGUCGUGCCUGUACGUGGGGCCCAUCGAGACGGCCAGCCAGGAGAUGCUCGAGGCGCUCUACCGCCAGGCCAGGGAUUCCUACUACAGUGGCCAGCCUCUGAUUGUUGAUGACAUGUUUGACAAAGUUGAGUUGAAGCUCCGGGUCUACGGCUCUCCAUCGGUCGUAAAAUACCCACGCUGCAGCCUCAAGCGACAAUCGACCUACGCAGACGCCGAGGAGGACCACUCGAUGUUUAUGGCAUUAUCGAGCAUCUGGAUGCUGCUACUCAUGUUUGGCUCCUCGGCGUUCCUGGUUCCGAGCUUCUACGCCCUUAGCAUGACAUUUGGAGAUGCAUUUGGAGCAAGGUUUCUCUUGUAUGGUGCUAAGUCCCUUGAUGGGAUAACGAGGGUGAAUGACAUGGUUUUGAUUGGAUUGGGCUACCUGGUUGGCUAUCCAAUUGCAUCCGCUUCUGUUGGUGCACUGCAAGGCUUAUUGACAAACAAUUUGGUUGCACUAAAAGGUUCUUGCCCAAAUUGUGGCGAGCAGGUCUUUGCAUUCGUGAAGACGGAUAAAUCCAUUAAAGCACCCCACAAGGCAGAAUGCCAUGUCUGCGAAUGCCCAUUGGAGUACCGUACUAAAGUCGAGAGAUCUUUGUCUGGACCUAGAAGAAGCUGGGUUUAUGGCCGGGUUUAUAUGGUGAAGCAAGGGCAUCCUAGGAAACGGAGAUGGAUAAAAGACUAGAGAUCUAAUGCUAGCUGUUGAAGAAAGAGAUCCAUAUCAAUCGUGUUCUUAUUGGCUGAAAGCCUGAAACACCUUCUGAGAUACUGUAGUAGAUUGUUGCUGUGAGGUGCUUAUUGUUUUGUACAUUUGUCAAACCAAGCAUCUUGUAAAGCAGUAUAUUCUUUCCAGAGAUAUCCAUACUCUUCAGAUGAACACAUGAUAAAUUGAUGAACCACUAUGAAUAAUGGUAGCCUUGUCAAAUAUUUGUUCACUAGCAUUUUGAUUCA